GAAACUGUUCGUUGCGCACACAUCUUGCGCAUGACAGAAUUUCAGGCUAUCUCUCUCGUCAAGCUUCCUUUUCCGUUCUCAGUUAACUAGUAGGUUUCCAAAAUGGGAGCUUACAAAUACAUCCAAGAAUUGUACCGCAAAAAGCAGAGCGAUGUGCUCAGAUUCCUCCUUAGAGUGAGAGUUUGGCAAUAUCGUCAACUGACCAAGCUCCACCGUGCUCCCAGGCCUUCCCGUCCAGACAAGGCCCGCCGUUUGGGAUACAGAGCUAAACAAGGCUUUGUUAUCUUCCGCAUUCGGGUACGUCGUGGAGGACGUAAGCGUCCAGUACCCAAGGGUGCCACUUAUGGUAAACCAAAAUGCCAUGGUGUUAACGAAUUGAAACCUGUUCGUAACUUGCAAUCCAUUGCUGAGGAACGUGUCGGCAGAAGGUGCGGAGGUUUGAGAGUACUGAACUCCUACUGGGUAGGACAGGACUCUUCCUACAAGUACUUUGAAGUUAUCUUGAUUGACCCAUCCCACAACGCCAUCCGUCGCGACCCUAAGGUCAACUGGAUCGUGAACGCCGUACACAAGCACCGUGAAUUGCGCGGUAAGACCUCCGCUGGCAAAUCAUCCAGAGGAUUGGGCAAGGGACACAGGUACUCUCAGACCAAGGGCGGUUCCAGAAGGGCUGCUUGGCUCAGGAGGAACUCUCUGCAAUUGCGCAGAAAGCGAUAAGUUAUAUAUAUUUUACGUUUUGAUAAACAAUAAACCAUUAAGACCCCAA